AUGGGUAGCUAUAGCAACUCAUCAGGAUUUGGGCCUUGGCUGCAGCAGCAGCAGCUGCAGCUGCCGCAGCAGCAGCAGCAACUACCGCAGCAGCAGAUGCAGCAGCAGAUGCAGCAGCAGCAGCUGCAGCAGCAGAUGCAGCAGCAGCAGCUGCAGCAGCAGCCGCUGUCUCCUCCUGGUGUCUCUCGCCCUGUCCCCUCCUACGGAGACCUUGAGGCGGUGGAGCGUUUGGCGCAGCAGCAGCAGCAGCAGAUGCUGCAGCAGCAGCAGCAGCAGCAGAUGCUUCAGCUGCAGCAGCAGCAGAUGCUGCAGCAGCAGCAGAUGCAGCAGCAGCGGCGAUGGCUAGGCAGCAGCAGCAGCAGCAGCAGCAGCACAGGGGCGUUGGUGUCAGCAACAACGCUACCAGCAGCAACACAAGCAGCAGCAGCAGCAGGGUAUGUAGGAGAUGCAGCAGCAGCAGCAGCAGCAGCAGCAGCAGCAGCAGCAAUGUAUCCUCCCCCUUAUUUGAAGGGGCGGCUGCUGCAGCGCAAGAUGACGGCCAGAGAGAGACAGCAGCAGCAACAGCAGCAGAAGCAGCAGCAGCAGCAGCAGCACAAACAGCAGCAGAAGCUGCAGCAGAAGCUGCAGCAGAAGCUGCAGCACAUGCAGCAGCAGCUGCUGCAACAGCAGCACAAGCUGAAGCUGCAGCAGCAGCACAAGCUGCAGAAGCAGCACAAGCUGCAGCAGCACCAGCAGCAGCAGCAGCAGCAGCAGCAACAGCAGCAGCAGCAGCAGCAGCAGCAGCAGCCAGCAGCAGCAGCAGCAGCAGCAGCAACAGCAGCAGCAGCAGCAGCAGCAGCAGCAGCAGCAGCAGGAUGA